GUGAAUAUAUAAUUUAUAUUCUGCAGGAAGGUGACUGUUUUUAGUGUUACAGGAUCAUUGGCUCCGACUGAUGAAACUGUUUAUUAUGGUGACGGCCUGGGAGAAUAAACUGGUGCCUUUGGUAUCAAGCAAACAAGCUUAUGAAGAAAAGCAGUGCAGUGAAUACAGUCUAGAAUAUUUCCCUUUAAUCUCUAGUGGAGAACGCUCAAAUAGAGUCCAGCUAUCUUAAAAUGUCAUGGCUGGAUUUAAUGUGCAGUUAACUGGUAAUUCAACCGCACAUUGUGUUGCUCUAGUCUAGAUGCUUGCUUCGCUCUGAGCAUGAGGUCACUGUUUACCCCUCUUUACCACUACGUCCGUGUUUUUAAAGACGUCUCCAGAUUUUUCAUGCGGAUUCUCUCCAUUCUCAUUUUUUUUUUUUCCGCCUGGGAUUUUCGACGUACUACGGGCUGAUGUGUACGCCCAUUGAAGAAACGGGCGUGUUUUCGCCAAACCCCGCCCCGUUUCGCCUUAUACGGUCAUUGAACGGCUCGUUGAUUGACAGCGGGCAGCAGCUGCUGAGUUGCUCAGACAUGGCGGAGGAUACAGUGUAACUGAGGCUCAGCGGCGGAGUUACGUGAGUUUUCCCAGCAGUUGAGUCGUCAAAGGGCGCAUUAAAUGAUACGGAACGAGAGGACGAUGUGUUCGGCUCAAGCGUGCGGCCGAGGGGAAGCCUAAAACGACCUGGACUGCCACACGCGAGUAAGAUGGAAAAAUGUAUCGCUGUUUAGUGCAGUCAACAGCCUUGGGCAACAAAUAUGGCUUCUUGUGCCUUUUUCAAUAUGCUAUAAAAAUUGAUCUCGCGUGCAAGCUAAUGCCGUGGUGGCUCCGGCUAACUUCUGCAAGCCGCGAUAAGUUGAGUUCAAUAGUCGCUCGGUACUUUUGAUCGGUGAGGAUAUUACAUCCACUCGGCCGUCCGGGUUAGCUGGUGGAAGCUACGGAACUACGGUGGAUAGCAAUGGAGCCAAAGCACAAAGAGUUGCUCGACCAGUGCCACCAGAACUUAUUGGAGUCCAUAACGGAUGCGGACCGAGUCAUCGAGCUGCUCAUAGUCUCCGGCGCCCUGAGUCAACUCGAUAGGUUCGAGCUGGACCAGAACUGCUCGUCCAGCGCCGAGAAAGUCGACCACCUCCUGAAGAUGCUGAUGAACAAGGAGAGCGACCAUUUCCUCGACCUGUGUGUGGCCCUGGAGAAGGCAUACCCUGACCUGUACGCUGCCCUGUUCGGCAACAACGGCGGCGGACCUGUGGACCACUCCACCGGUUCCACAUACAGCGUUCUCUCCACCAUGCCGUCCGACUCGGAAAGCAGCAGCUCCCUCAGCAGUGUUGGAUCGCCUGUUAACGGUGAAGCGUCCUCCCCACCCCCAGCCAUCAACGACAACCGGCCAUCCGGCGACAACCUGGACACAAUCUUGUUCCAGCUCCGCCAGGUGACCAGGGAGAGGGACGAGCUCCGCAAGCGUCUGGCGUUGGCAUCGCCCGGGACCACCUUCGACGACUGCAGGCCAAAUUCCAAAGCCAGUCAUGACUACGAGCGUCUGAAAAGUCAGUGCAUGAGGGCCAUGGCAGAUCUGCAGUCUCUCCAGAACCAGCACACCAAAACACUGAAGAGGUGCGAGGAGGCUGUAAAAGAGGCUGACUUCUAUCAUAUGCUGCACAGCCGCGUCCUGGGCGAACAGACCCAGCUGAAGGAGGAGAUGGAGACACUCAGGAGGGACAACGCCCAACUUGUCAGAGAGCACAACCACCUAAAACAGAACUGCGAGGAGCUCAAGCGACUGCACGGUCAAGACCAGAAAGAGCUGGCUGACCUCCGGCUACAGCAACAGCAAGUAAUGAGAGAGAAGGGCUCAUCAGAGGUGUUAAACAAACUGUAUGACACGGCUAUGGACAAGCUGGAAGGCAUAAAGAAGGAGUACGACGCCCUGAGCAAGCGCUACAGCGAGAAGGUGGCGAACCACAACACAGACCUGAGUCGCCUGGAGCAGGCGGAGGAGGAGAACCGGCGGCUACAGAAGCAGAUGGAUGCGUUGCUCAAACAGAGAGAUUCGGCCAUGCACUACCAGCAGCAGUACUCCACCUCGAUGAGGAGGUUCGACUCGGUGCAGCAGGAGCUGAACAAGUCCUCUGCUCAGAACAAGGAGCUGCAGAGAGAGAUGGAGCGACUGCAGUCAGAGGUGACGCGCUACAAGAACCUGCAGCUGAAGGCAUCCAAGGACUGCGAGAAGUACAAGGAGGAGAGGGACUCGGUGUUCAACGAGUACCGGCUCAUCAUGAGCGAGCGGGACCAGGUGAUCAAGGAGCUGGACAAGCUGCAGACGGAACUGGAAGCGGCCGAGGCCAGACUGAAAAACACGUCUUCAGAGCGGGUGGUGGCCAGUGAAGAGCUGGAGGCACUCAGACAGGAGUUGAACUCGUCACUGGUGGACCGCGACAGGGCCAUCUGCGAGAGGAACGAGCUGCUGGAGAAGUACUGCCAUGAGGUGAAGGACAAGGCGGAGGCUCAGAAGGAACUGAGCCAGGCUUGCAAGGACAUCGAGAUGGUCCGGGAGGAGAGGGACGUGGCCCGCAAGGAGAGGACGGAGGCCAUCAUUCAGAGGGAUCAGCUGCUCCGAGAGUACUAUCAGGCCAGACAGAAACAAGACUCUGCCACCCUGGACAUGGAACGAGCCAACAAGGAGAUUGAGAUGCUGAGGAAACAGUACGAGGCCAUGUCCCAGGAGCUGAAGGAGGCCACACAGGAGGCUGAGGUGGCCAAAUGUCGACGGGACUGGGCCUUUCAAGAGAGGGACAAAAUAGUGGCGGAGAGGGAGAGCAUAAGGACUCUGUGUGAUAACCUGCGGCGGGAACGCGACCGGGCUGUCAGCGAUCUGGCUGAUGCCUUGCGUAAUCUGGACGAUAUGAGGAAACAGAAGAACGAUGCGCUGCGAGAGCUCAAAGAACUAAAGGAGAAGAUGGAAAGCCAGCUGGAGAAGGAGGCCCGCUUCUGUCAGCUAAUGGCCCACAGCUCUCACGACUCAGCCAUCGACACGGACUCUCUGGAGUGGGAGACGGAGGUGGUGGAGUUUGAGAAGGACAGGGAUGACAUGGAUUUGAAGGCACUUGGGUUUGAUAUCGCUGAAGGGGUAAAUGAUCCAUAUUUACCGGGGGAUUGUGGGAUAUUUGUGACAAGGGUGGACAAAGGAAGUAUCGCAGAUGGAAGGUUAAGGGUGAAUGAUUGGUUGUUGAAGAUCAACGACAUCGACCUGACCAAUAAGGACAGGAAGCAGGUGGUGAAGGCUGUGCUUAACGGCGGAGGGCUGAUCAACAUGGUGGUACGAAGAAGGAAGUCUCUGGGAGGAAGGCUCGUCACUCCGGUUCACAUCAACCUUGUGGGACACAAAGACAGUGGGAUCGGUCUGGAAAGCGGCGUCUACGUCACCGCCAUCGUCCAGGGCAGUCCAGCCGCCAGAGAAGGUUCUCUCACAGUGGGUGACAGACUGAUCGCUAUAAAUGGCAUUGCUCUGGAUAACAAAUCUGUGACAGAGUGUGAGGCUCUGUUGAGGAGCUGCAGGGACUCUCUCAGCCUCUCUCUUAUGAAGUUCUUCCCUCAUAGCACAUCGGGUCAGAACAUCUUUGAGAGUCUGCGUGAGUCAUCAGAGAAGUCCAACGGGCGCAUUCACCUGUCCGAGAUCCACUCGCGGAACAGCCGCAACCUCAAACACAACAGCUCCACACAGACUGACAUCUUCUGCCCCGAUGUUGGAAGCACCAGCACAAGUAGCAUCUCUGGGGAGAGGAGGAAGGUCAGAGGUGAAUCCGAUGAGGUGUACGGCGACAUCAGCAAGCCGUUCUCCACAGGUUCCCUCCACGCCACUGGCCUUCGGCCGGCCUCGGACCUGGGCACUGGCCGUUACGGGCCCAGUGCUUUCCAGGAAUGCUGUCCCUACAACAAGGCCCCUUCCUCCUUGCCCUUUGACCCUGUCUCUGCCUCAGACUGUAUCACGAUGGAAACAACCCUGGAGAAGAAGCACAGUGGGGGCACGUGGCCCAAGAUGAUGGUGGGAGGCAUGUCAGUCGCACCAGAUAACACCAGUCCAGUCACGGCAGCAGCCCAGCUUUCCAUCUACAAAUCGCCCAAGCAGAGGAAGUCCAUCUUCGACCCAGACACUUUCAAACGCCCCGAAACCCCUUCCUCUAAGAUGGAGUACAUGGCAGCCAAUCAGAUUGCAGCAGUGGCCACCGCUGCUGCCGCAUCUUCCCAUUCCCCACAGCCUUCAAAGACAGAGUCCCUCUCCUCCUCAUCCACCCCGACCCCAACCCCUCCCACCCCACCCACCCGCAGCGACUCCUUUAAGUUCAAACACAAGCAUCAAAGCAGCUCUGCCUCCGACUGCACCAUCACCUCAGACGGCAAGGGAGAGGCUGCCAUCUCCAUGGCAGCAGGAGAGAGCAGGGAUAGGAGUGAGCGAGAGAGAGACAGGAACGGAAACCACUAUUUCCUUGAUGGCAAGGUCCUGACCUCGAGGAAGUCGUGUGACGAGGACAUUGGCCGAACCAGAGGGGAGGAGCCGGAGGUGAAGAGGCCGCGUCCUAAAUCCGCUCCCGCUCUUCGGCGCAGGAUGACCCCCCAGACCAUCACUCUUCCCACCUUCCAAAGCUACUCUAACGACGAGCACUCGCCAGAGCCCAGGGACAUGCUGCGCUCCUCCCCGAGCCGCUCCCAUAGGCACAGCGUCGGCUUCGUCCCCACAGUCUACAACGGCACCCUACCUCCCAAUUCAGCCCACCGGGGUCUUUCCCCUUGCCCUGCUGUGACGGCCGUGAUGAGGAAUCCAGUGUACACCGUGCGCAGCCACCGCGUUCAUACCAGCAACUGUCCAUCAGUCGCCUCCCAGAUAUGUCACCAGCACACCCACACCAGCCCACAGCACCAGGGUCGUCUGAGCCUGGACCUGAGCCAGCAGAAGCGCACGGGCGACUAUUCCGAAUCCUCUUCGUCACGCAGCAGCAGAGCCUCACACGGUACAAACUCACUGCCCUCCAGCGCACGGCUCGGUUCUUCCAAUAAUGUCCAGUACCGCACAGAGAGGAUCAAAAUCCCCUCCACUCCCCGCUAUCCCCGCUCCAUGCUGGGGUCAGACAGAGGUUCCCUCUCACACUCUGAGUGUAGCAGUCCCAGUCUCAUCACUCCACCACAAUCGCCACUCAAUCUGGAAACGUCCUCGUUCGCCAGCAGCCAAUCGCAAGGCUCCAUUUCCACUUUACCUCGGAUCUCAGUCAGCCCUGUGCCAAUAGGGGAGCGCAGGAAAGACAGGCCAUACUUGGAGGAACCCCGCAACGUCAUCGUACACAAAGGUGCAGAGCCUCUGGGCAUCUCCAUCGUCAGUGGGGAGAACGGAGGGAUCUUUGUCUCUAAAGUUACUGGAGGUAGCAUCGCCCACCAGGCAGGACUGGAGUAUGGAGAUCAAUUAUUGGAGUACAAUGGCAUCAACUUGCGGAACGCUACGGAGCAGCAAGCUCGUCUCAUCAUCGGCCAGCAGUGUGACACCAUCACCAUAAUGGCCCAGUACAACCCGCACAUGUACCAGCUGGGCAACCACUCUCGCUCCAGCUCCCGCCUGGAGCCAGUCAGCACUCAGUCGACUCCCCAGGGGAGCGGAGCCGCCACCCCCGACAAUCACUCCACCAUCGAUACACUCAGCGAACAGGACGAGGGCACGCUCACUCCCUCCUCCAAGCAGACCACACCCAAUACCAGCCCCAGAAAUUUCAUCAGACACACUGCUCUAACGGCCCACCCGUUGUCCAGUAGAAUGCCGUCUGAGGGCGGCAGGAAGAUGGCUGAGCCACGGCUUGUGACGGUGCGCAGGCCUGGGGUGGAGGUGGGAGUCACGCUCUGUGGAGGGAACCUACGGGGCGUCUACAUAGAGAGCCUGGACGAGGACAGUCCCGCCAGAGGCUCCGAUGGGCUGCUACCUGGGGACCUCAUUCUGGAGUACAACUCGGUGAAUAUGAAGAAUAAGACGGCAGAGGAGGUGUACGUGGAGAUGCUGAAGCCCGCCGAGACGGUCACGCUCAAAGUGCAGCAUCGUCCAGAUGACUUCAGCAUGCUCAAAGACGUCCCAGGAGAUGGCUUUUAUAUUAGAGCGCUCUACGACAGGGUGGGGGAGGCCGAGGGGGACCUCAGUUUUAAGAAGGAUGACAUCCUGUUCGUGGAUGAGUCUUUACCAAAGGGCAGCUUCGGGACCUGGAUGGCCUGGCAGCUAGAUGAGAACGCGCAGCAGAUCCAGAGGGGGCAGAUCCCCAGCAAGUACAUGAUGGACCAAGAGUUUUACCGCCGACACAGCGUGACAGAAAUGAAGGAAGACUCCGGUAAGACUCUCUCUGCGGCAGCCCGCAGAUCCUUCUUCAGGAGGAAACAGAAACACAAGCGCAGCAGCUCCAAAGACAGCAAAGAGAUGGUGGCUCUGGACGCCAUCAGCACAGACUCCAUCCCCUUCCUCGAUGACUGUGUGAGCCUGGCAUACCAGCGGGUCCAGAAGGUGGAGUGCACCUCUCCACGACCGGUACUCAUCCUCGGACCGCUAACUGACCCCGCCAAGGAGAUGCUGGUCAAAGAGUCCCCCGGGAAGUUCUGCAGAUGUGUGCUGGAGGUGAUGAAGGCAUCCCAGCAAGCCAUCGAGAGGGGCGUCAAAGACUGCCUCUUCAUCGACUACAAGCGCAGGAGUGGCCAUUUUGAUGUGACCACGGUCGCUUCUAUAAAGGAAAUAACAGAUAAGGGCUGCCACUGUUUGCUCGACAUUGCCCCGCACGCCAUCGAAAGGCUCCACAGUGUUCACAUUUAUCCAAUAGUUGUCUUCGUCCGCUACAAAAACGCCAAGCAGAUCAAGGAGCAGAAAGAUCCGGUUUAUCUGCGGGACAAAGUAUCUCAAAAACAUUCCAAGGAGCAAUUUGAAAGUGCACAGAAGAUCGAGCAGGAGUACAGCAAAUUCUUCACAGGUAUUGUCCAAGGCGGCACCCUCCCGUACAUUUGCACUCAGAUCAUGACUAUAGUUGAUCAAGAACAAAGUAAAGUCCUGUGGACUCCGCUCGGCUGCCCCUAGAGGAGACCGGCUGCCACUACAGCGAGCUGCGGCUUUCACCUCCAUUCCCCCAAACACUAAUUAACCCUUUUCACACUAUACCAAUAGGUACACUACAGCAAGCUAGUUAUGUAAAUUAUUGAUAUUUUUUUUAUUUUUGUCUUAUUGUUAUGGUUUAUAAUCAGAGCCUCCUUUUUUUUUAUUUUUCCAGAGCAGGUUAGUAGCACUGGAUCUCCGCGUCAAAGUUCCUUCAGUCUUCCCUAAGGGUCUCUGGUGGUGUAUUGUAAUGCUGCAUAGUAAGCGUCCGUUUACAGUCAAAAGACAAGUCUGACUAGUGGUGUUCAGUAUUUGCUUGAAUGCGUGUCCCUCUCCGUGUGUACACAAACCUCAACACUAAUGAAGUUCAGCCCCCUCUGACCCACCCGUGUACCAAAUGCCAUCCGUGGUUUCCCUAGAAUUAUGCACCCAUUUGACGACGACUGACAACUAAUUGUGUGUGUUUUGUUUUUGUGCGUGAGUGCCUGAGUGUGUGUGUGUGUGUGUGUGAGUGUGAGAAAGAAAAGACUGUUGUAACGACAGUUUCAGUUGAGUUGAAUCACGGCUGUUUGUUAGCAUGAGUACGAUGCUAUAGAAAUGGAAUGCCGGGAUCAGACAUCACAUUCCUCGCGUGAUCUUUCCAUGGCGAAAGUGCAAAAAGCGUCAAACCUCUUGAAGUAUGUAGCUGCGGUCUUACUGACAACUCAAAACACAUCGAUGUUUGCUCUAUGCAUUGUGUUUCUAUAGUAGCUGGGCGUUGUGGACAGUUUAUGGGCCUUUCGGAAGUGCCUUCGGAGAAGAAGCCUGAUCUGAAACCAGCCCCUGAUCACUUAGCCAGGAGGUUGAGAGGAUUCUGUCUUUGAGGAUCCAAUGCAUGAUUUCACACAUCAGGGGCUAGAUGAUUUUUAGGGGCUGGUUUGAGACCAGUAUUGUGUAGAGCGCAUGACAAUGGCGAGGAUUUGAGGGUAGGCCGAAGAGGCGGCCAACGGGUUAACUCCUCAGAAUGCACUCCAGGGCUAGACAGACCACUGUGUAACUAUCAUUCUAUCUCUUUUAACAUAUAUUUAACAACAAUAUAGAGUAUAACAUAUACAGUAUGCAGAUACAUCUGAGAAAAAAAAAACAAAUAUAUAUAAAUAUAUAUUACAUGUAUUUUCACUAGGUUAUAUGCCUAGGAACGUCUGGCGGUUAAGUCAUGUCUUAGCAGGUAUUAGCAUGUUCUGUUUUUUUAGUUUAUUUUUGUUUUCUCGUGGUUGGUCGUCAGUCACUUAUCGAUGUACUCGUUUAAAAGAGACACUAUGAAGCAAAAUUUUGCAGGGUAAUAUCUUAAAGGAUUUUCCUCUGAUCUGUUUAAAUGUUAGUGACUUUUCAUUGUUAUUUAAUUGUAUUUUUUUAUUCAGGAAGCAAAAAAAUAUUGACAAAAAAAAAAGAAAAAAAAUAUUCUGCCCUUCCUCGAGAAAAAAAACAACAGCAACCAUAUCCUGUAUCUUAUUGUGCCAAAAUCCACUAAGGCAACUUUAUCCUUUUUUAUUUCUGUUUUGCACUUGUUUACCUGUUAACCUUAAACACUAAACUGUUCCUAGGUUUCCAGUUGACGAUAAAAAGGUACUAUAAUUUCUACUGUAACUAAUUCACGUUUUUAUCUCUCACAUCAGUUCCUUUCAUUUCAUCGAAGGCCUUUUUUUAAAUUCUUAAUUAGAAAAAAAAAAAAAGGAUCACUUCUUAUUUGAAUUAUUAAAAAGGGAUCUAUUCUUGCACAGUUUUUUCAAAGGAAAAUUGGUCCACAAGUUUGACUAUGGGGCUAAAAAAAGAGUAAGCAGAAGUAAACUGUAAUGUUACUAUUUUUCUGAGUAGAUAGCAUAUGUUAGAAAGAGAGAGAGACAGAGAGAAAGAGAGAGAGAGAGAGAGAGAGAGGGAUACAACGUGAAAUGGUUGUACUUUUAGAAAGGGUCUAGAUGCCAGGUACUGAUUGAACUUUUCUUUUAUUAAAAAGAAUGUGAUUUGUAUGUUGAGACAUUAACAUGAGAAUAAAACUCAUUUUCUGUAUCACAACA